AUGCAAUCCCAUGUCCUCCACCACCGACACCAUGACUCCACCACCACCCUCCCCCAGUCCCCAGAACAAACACCCCCCCGUCCCCUUGAAACCAACUACACCCUCCCCAAACAAACCACCUGGCUCCACGCAGCCACCUACGCGACCCUCCACCACGAGACCUUCAACAUCUACACGCACCUGCUCCCGGCGCUGUGCUUCCCGACGCUCGCCAUCCUCGCCCCCGACCUACCGCGCCUGCACAUCCUCAGCUCCACCGCGUGCCUACUACUAUCGGCGGCCUACCACGCCAACAACGGGCACUCGGCCUACGCACUGAAAGCGGACUACUGCGGGAUCUUGGGACUGCUGGUCAGCAACUUUGUGACGGGGUUGCAUUAUGCGUUUGUGGGGGCUCACGGGGUGGAAGGGGAGGAGGAGGCGAGAAGGUGGUGGCGGGAUGUUUAUAUUGCUAUCACCAUCCUCCUCACCCUCCCUUCGCUGGGUCUGCAUCUGCAUCCUGCCGCGGCGGCGUCGGCGGCGGCUUCAUCGUCGCCACGUACACUCGACAGUACAACCACCACCAGAGUCACCAGCACACUAAACAAUCCCCACCGAAACGACCCCCACCGCACCCUCCGCGUCACCGCCCUCAUCUUCACCGGCCUGAGCGCCCUCAUCCCCAUCACCCACCUGUACCUCCUGCACGACGCCAGCUACCUCCUCGCCGUCGGCGUGGGGUGGUAUGCCCUCGAGGGGAUGGCGUUGAUCCUCGGCGCCGUGGUGUAUCUGGUUGGUU